CUAUACCAGUGUGUGCCCUCGGUAAUGGGUUUUGCUUCUCCCUCACAAGCGCACCAAACCAUGGCCGCCGCCGCCACAGCGUUGAACGAAGGCGAAUACUUCCGAACCUUCGCCCUGCAGCAAGGAGAGGCGGACGGGCGCUUCGCCGACGCGGAGGAGAAAUUGGUGGCAGCGGCACCGGGCGAGGAGCCCGCGGAGGCGGACGCAGAAGAGGAGGAUGAGGACUGGUGGGACUCCGACUCCGACUCCGACGUGGGCGAUGCGCUGGACUGGAUGGACGCAGCGGAGGCCACGGACGGCUCGAGUCGGGUCUCCGGGACCUACUCGGCCGCCGGGGGCGCGGCUGCCGCGCGGAGGCCGAACGCGCACGGCGGCUUGCAAUCCCGCCCCCUCCAGCCGCUCUCCAACAAAACGCAGAAGCUCAACUCGCACUUCAGAGCCGGACCGUUGGAGGAGUGGGAAGGUAGAAUGAACGUCGGGAUGUCAAAUAAUGUGACGACUGAAAUCAGGGACAGCAUAAGAGAUGCCACAAUUGGGAAAACAAGGAACACCGGGAAGGCUGAUCGUGCUACAGUUGAACAGGCAAUUGACCCAAGAACACGCAUGGUUUUGUUCAAGAUGUUAAACCGUGGUGUGUUUGAUAAUAUAAAUGGUUGUAUUUCUACCGGAAAAGAGGCAAAUGUAUAUCAUGCAACAAAGAAAGAUGGCCAGGAGUUAGCAAUCAAAGUCUAUAAAACUUCUGUCCUUGUGUUUAAGGAUAGAGACCGAUAUGUUCAAGGAGAUUAUCGCUUUAGACAUGGUUACUGCAAGCAUAAUCCCCGGAAGAUGGUAAAGACCUGGGCUGAAAAGGAAAUGCGGAAUCUUUUACGAGUUAGAGCAGCUGGAAUCCGAUGCCCGUUGCCGUUGCUGUUGAGGCUUCAUGUUUUGGUGAUGGAAUUUAUAGGAAAAGAUGGCCGGAACGCUCCUCGUCUUAAGGAUGCUGUUUUAUCAGAUGACAAGUUGCGUGAAACUUACUUUGAGAUAGUUACGACGAUGCGGACACUCUACCAAAAGUGCAAGCUUGUCCAUGGUGAUUUGAGUGAAUAUAACAUUCUUUAUUUUGAGGGGCACUUGUACAUUAUUGAUGUUUCACAGUCUGUGGACCUGGAUCAUCCUUCAGCGUUGGAAUUCCUGAAUGAAGAUUGUUUGCAUGUUAAUGACUUCUUUAAAAAACGAGGUGUUGCUGUCAUGACAGUAACAGAUCUAUUUAAUUUUGUUGUUGAUCAAAAUAUUGCUGAUGAAGAUGUUGAUGAUUACCUGGAGAAGGUUCAGCAAAAGAUUUUAGAGAAUGAAGAUACAGAUGCAAGUGAUGAUGAAAUUGUUCCGACAGUCUUGGUGCAGACAUUGGAUCAUGUGAAGCAAUGCGAGGCAGAUAUUGUCAACAUGGCAAUGACACAAAAUCCAUCCUUUUCUUAUGAACCAACAGCAGAUAAGCUUUUUGACCAGCCACUAUCACGAUUUGUCCGAACCAAAAAUGAGCCUACUGGACAACAGCAAGAACAAUCGACACAAAAUACACCUGAAGAACCCUUGGAUCUGCAAACUAAGUGCUCGUUGGAGAACAAGACAGAAGAUGGAUCAGAUGACAGUGAAUCUUGCACUAGUUCCGAUGAAGACGGUUCAUGGAAAGAGUCCACAAAGUUAGGACCUGAGGAAAAGAAGGCUGCUCGAAAGGAAAACAAGAAGAAAGUGAAGGAAGAAAAGAGGGAAACUCGCAAGACGAAGAUCCCGAAGGCUGAUAAGAAGAAGAGGAAGAAAAUGGCAAAAGCUAAGUGCAAGCGGUAGUCAAUCUCUGCCGGCAAUCGACGAGGAACACAUAGUUACAUUUACAGAAGCUAUUUCCAGUUAGUACUAAUCGUGUGCUAUUUUUGAUGUGCUGAUUGUCCUCUUUAAUCUAUCACAUAGAAAACUACUCCAGAUCUUUGUAGCUGUUCACGCCUGACAUGCCUGUCAGGCCAUGUCAGGCCUGAAGUUUUCCAUUUGAUUUUCGUCAGAUCUACUGUAUUUGUUUUCCUCGUUCCAGAAGUUGGGAACGAGUGUUGUUUCAAUGCUUUAGCUGGCGAGUUCUAGCGUAAAUAGUGAAUGAAACAGCAAUCCGUUUAA